CCUCGCGUAAGAUCAGGCGCGUGGGUGGAGGCAUGCCAUGACGCAUUUUGAUCUCCUACAACUCCCAGUCGCCUAUCAUCUCUUUCAUCUCAUUCUCCUUACACUUCUAACCCCCUAUCCCAGCACAAUGCCGAGAAGACUGCUCUAUUCGUUCGCCCAAUUCUACAACUCCAACUUUGAGCGCCGGCCCACCGCGACGCUUAUCGUCACUAACGGCGUCUUGAACAGUGUCGCCGAUAUCCUCGCCCAAUCAUCCAGUAUCCUCCUCCACAAACCCACCGUCCAAAACCCCCUUCCCCCGACAUACGACCCCGCCCGUACCCUGCGCUUCGCCGUAUUCGGCAUGGCCAUGGGCCCCAUCAUCGGACGCUGGAUGCGGCUCCUGGAAAAGCGGAUCCCGAUGCCGAAUGUGAGCCGGGGCGGGGGGCUGACGCUGCCGGGAGAGGUGGUGAGGAAGAAGGGUGGGGAGGGGGUGCAGCUUGCGAAGAGGGUGUUGGCGGAUCAGGUCGUCAUGGCGCCGAUCGGUUUGUGUCUCUUUGUGGGGUCGAUGGGUAUCAUGGAAGGUCAUUCCCAGCUGGAGAUAAGCGAGAAAUUCCGAGACAUCUACUGGGGUAAACUUUCUCCCAUUUGUUCCUCUUCCCGCACCAGACUGACUGACUCAACUCUACAGCCGCCCUGUUUGCCAACUGGAAGAUCUGGCCCCUCAUCCAAACGAUCAACUUUAAACUCAUGCCCAUCCAAUACCGUGUGCCCUUCCAGAGCACAUGCGGUAUCGCUUGGACGCUCUAUCUCAGUCUGCUCAAUGCCCAGUAGGUCGCUCCUCCUUCGUUCGGAAAAUUCGGAACGAGGCCGAGGAGAAGGACAUGGACAAUGAAGGGAAUGAGGGCUGAUGACUGAAUCAGGGAUAACAAGGUCCUUGAGCAGGAGCAUCAUGUCAAACAAGUUUGAGUUUUGUCUUUGGAUAGUUUCUGGAACGUGGUAAUGCUGCGAUAGAGGGCGAUACCAGACGUCUUUGACAGGCCCCGAGAUAGGAAUUCCUAAGGCGCAAUGCCACGGCAGGCCUGCAUGUAUUUGUAUCACCAAGAUCUCUUCAUCUCCCUCUAUCUUUCUUGCGCCUGUGUGACACACCUUUCCGCCUUUUGCGAACAAUUUAAAGGUACUCGUAGUACUUUUGGAUGUAUGAACAAAAGAAGCAAGCCUCGACUGUUGAGUUUGGACUGACUUAUGGAGCGAAAAGACGUUGAUGAUUCCACCUUCACCGCU